GGAUGUAAAAUAACAAAGGCUUUCAACCGAAAACCCCCAAAUUUUUGGGAUGUGAUGGUGCAAUGUUUUGUAUUACAUGAUGUCCAAUCACAGUCUCAACAUUCUGCAGGCCAAAGAAGAAGAGAGUUGAUAAAUGAGUGUGAAGACGACCUUCAUGGCUCUGACACUGAUAGUGGUGACAUGCCUGAAACACAAGUUCAUGAGACGCAAGAAGAGGAAGACAUAUAUCGUGUAAUAAUUGAUGAUUAUACACCCUGUGUCACAGAAGUGGUCCGAAAUCCCGCUCGGAGAGACCAGCAACGCUCAAGGCUAAAUUUGCAGAAAAACGCUAGCACUUCAGAAAGAUUAGGUCAAACGUCACGACCUUCUACUGGUGGUGGUUCACAGGGAGGUCGAAGAAGACAAUCGCUUGAAACAACCAAACAAGACACUAUAGCUGGAUAUACAGAGUUCCAACAACAAAGUUUACAACAACUUUGCCUAGGUGCUUUUGACCAAAAUGACUAUGACGAGUGGAAAAAAGCGGAAGCCAUAUUCCUUAAUCUAAAAUUCCAAAAGACCAAUUUUAUUGGCAGUGACGAGGAUAAGCUACAACUGUUACAAGCGAUGACUGGUGUUUCUCGAAACAAAGAAGAUAUCCCAAAACUGUUAGGCUCGGGACCAUCAUAUGGGAGUCCACAUUCAGGAAAUAUUUGGCAUCAAAUGGUCAACAAUGGGGGCACACCAUCAAAUUACAUGAGGAUUGUGGGAACCAAUGAAGAUCAAAGAGAUGUUGGUUUGAGACUUGGCUGA